UAAUGUGAUUUUUAGAUUCUCUUUUCACUUAUCAAUAGUGGCAUUAGAUUAGAAUAGAUAGGUUUCGGUUCCACUUAUUUUCCUACUUUCCUACUAAUUAGAAUACAGCAGCAGAAAGUGGUGAUAAACAGUAGAGAGGAUCUGUAAAAGCAGUCAUGGACGGGAGUCUGUUUGUGCUGCUUCUGCUGUCAGGGCUCUUCUGGAGCAGUUCUGCUCUUUCUCGUCAGUAUCACUAUAUAAAUGUGAGUAUGUCGUGGCCAGAGGCUCAGAGUUACUGCAGAGAGAGAUUCACUGAUCUGGCUACUGUAGACAGUAUGGAUGAUGUGAACAGGCUGGUAAAUAUAGUGGAUGCUGGAUACAGUGGAUCAGUGUGGAUUGGACUGAAGAGGGGGACACAGAAACGCUGGGGUUGGUCUAAUGGAGAAAACACAACUUCUCAGUACUAUAACUGGGCUUCGGCACAGCCAAAUGGGGAUGGAGAUUGUGUAGCUACUUAUAACGGUGUUUGGCAUGAUAUGUUAUGUAGCUAUAAGCGAUAUUUUGUGUGCUAUGAAAAUUCCGGAUACAUAUUGGUAAGGAGUGCUAAAAUCUGGAGUGAUGCUCAGAGUUACUGCAGACAGAAUUACAGAGACCUGCCCACAAUCAACAACUCUGAGCAAAAUAACCAGAUAAAUAACAUUAUUUUAUCUGGAUGGUACAUCUGGAUUGGUCUGUUCCUGGACUCUUGGGAAUGGUCUGAUAAAUGGAGUCUCUUCUUCAGACACUGGGCAGCAGGUCAACCAUCCCAGAGUUCGGGAUCUGAUGACUGUGUUGGUAUGUCAAGAACUGAUUCUGGGAAAUGGGCUCAAUACAGCUGUGAUCUACAGCAGCCUUUUAUCUGCCAUGGAGAUGACAAGUUCAUUAAAAAACAGACCAUCAGACUGAAAUUGUCCUGUUAUGGAAAAUGCACAUUGAAUGAUCUGUCCCUGCAGACGGCCAUGCUGAAUGAGAUGAGUGAAAAGCUGAAGAUCAUGGGGCUGGAAAGUGAGAGCAAAAUAAACUGGAGAAAGAGAGAAGGUGAAGAGGUGUUUCAUCUGGAGAGAAACCACACAGCCAGUUCAAAUAACAAAUGUAAUAAGCAGUAAUCUCUCUAAAGUAAACAAAUAUAACUACUUACUAUAUUAUUUGAAAGAACUGGGAGGUAGUAAUAAUAACCAUCAUUGAAGAUGAUCAUGAAUUGUGAUACUGCAUAAUAUAUUUAUUUAAUGGAAUCAAUCGUGAAUUUUUUUUUACGUUCUGUAAAUAACUAAAAUGAAUGAUUUAUUUAGUAAAUAAAUCAUUUAUGAUCUAGUUCUCAAUUAUUUAAGUCUAUUUAUUUUGUCAUAAUAACAUUAAGGUUUAGCACAGAAGUAUUUGAGGACAAAUCAAUUUGAAUUGUAAGAAUAAAACCUUGAAAUCCUACCUCUGUGAGUUCAUGAACAUGGGAGUAUCCAUUUUCUCUUUACAUUUAGACUACAUUUUAUGCAAAAACUGGCUGUUUCUUUCAAAACAAGAUACUAUUACAUGUAAAUGAUUCUGUCUGUGUAUCACAAAACUAAAAGGUAUUUACCCAUUAAGAAUAGUACAUAUAACUUCUAUAAGUACUUCUGGUGCAAACCUGAAUAUUUACUAUAAGUAUUUCUGAAAUAUACAUUACUUGUUUCAUUUUAUAUCCAAUCGAGCCAUACUAUAAAUUAAGAUUGUCUGGAUCUUUGCUACCGUACAACUCUGAGAAAAAUGCAGAAGUACACUAUUGUAUAUAUGAGAACACAUUCAAGUUUGUAUAAAAAAGUAUUGCCUUGUAAGGAUUUUAAUUGCAUAUUUAGUUACACAGAAGUACAGUGUGUUAUUAGUUUGGCUAGUAGAAUAGAGCAUCAGAAUAGCAGAUGUAGAGUUUUUAAAGAUUAUUUGGUGUUUAGUAUGACACUU